UGGUCAUACUUUUAACAGCUGUUUAAGAAAAUCAUUAUUUGCGCGCCAAAACAACAGAACUAAACGAAUUGUAUUAUAAGUUAAGAAUAUGGAAUUUCAUCUAAAGAAACGUCCGCGGCAUGAGGUAAAAGUGGAAGUGGUCAGCUUGGAGACCAAGUACCCAAGCAAUGUGAUGUUGUACCACUAUCCGCCCACGGACGACAUCCACAUUGAGGAGUUUGAGGAGCUGGCUUUGGAGCGCCUGCGUCUACUGCGAAUCCUGGAAAGGGCCAGCACCAAGAACUUGCGCAUGCUCUCUGACGAGUGGAAAGAAUACGUUGGAGCUGAACUGACCCGCGAAGGAUUGCGUAGCUAUUUGCGUCUCUGUUCACCCGCUGGCGGGAAGCAUGACUCCGAUAUACAGACCAGGAGGCGGGACUACAUCUCACAUUUCAUUCUGCGCCUGGCCUACUGCCGCUCCGAGGAGCUCACCCGCUGGUUUGUGGCGCGCGAAAUGGAAUUAUUUCGGUACAAGUUUUCAGCGCUGAGCAGCUCAGAAGUGAAGCAGUUCCUGGACGACAACAAUUUUGACAUCCAUCCUCUAACCGAGGCGCAAAAAGACGAGGUCAAGGAUGGGCUGUAUGAGAGUACAGCGGGCCAGAGUGUGGCCAAGAUUGAGCUUCUGGACUUCUACAAGGUUCCCUUCACCCAGGUGUUGGAUCUCGUACGUGGUCGACGGUGUUACCUAAAAGCAGGAUUCGCGUAUGUCAACACCCACGAUCUGGUUUCGAUUGUGGGCACCCGCCAGCAGGAGGAGAUCGAGCAGGGCCUUGUGGCCGCCAAUGGACUGGUUGAAGAAGUCGAGGGUGAUGAGCGCAUCUCCCGCAUGCUGAAGGCCUUGCACAAUUCCUACACCGGUAAGGACUACACUGUGUGCCGGGAUGCAGCUGUGCCUAUUGAAUCCCUCGACCAACUCUCCAAGACCUCCAUGCCGCUGUGCAUGCGCAUGUGCCACGAACACAUCCGCGCCCAGCAUCAUGUUAAGCAUGGCGGCCGCAUGCAGUACGGCUUAUUCCUAAAGGGAAUCGGUGUAACGCUGGAGGAUUCGCUGCGUUUCUGGCGCGAGGAGUUCACCAAAAAGAUGGACGCGGAUAAGUUUGCACGCAGCUACGAGUAUAACAUUUACCAUAACUACGGGAAAAAGGGCUCCAUGGUAAACUACACACCCUACUCCUGCGCCAAGAUCAUUAAGGAUAUGGCAGCUCCGGGCGAUUGCCACGGUUGCCCCUACAAAUCCAUGGAUCCGAGCUCUUUGAAGAGCAAACUGACCUCCUAUGGACUAUCCCCCAGCGCCAUUGACGAGGUGAUGUACUUUGUGUCGAGAGGCCACUACCAGAUCGGCUGUGGCAAGUACUUCCAGUUAACUCACAAUUCUUCCGUGGAGCCGACCAUCAACCACCCGAACAACUACUUCGAAGAGAGCCAGAUCCUGAUGGGCAACCGCCAGAAACGCACUAAUGGUCCAGCUGCGCCGAAAGCCCGUGCCCGGCCAGACAUCAAGGGCCAUGGCGAUCGUUCCAUGCUGAUGGGUCAAGACGACGACGAGCUGUGGCGCAUCGCCGAGACGCAGGAGCGAAUUCUUCAGAGUCAGAAGGACAUAUCAGAGGCAUUUAAUGAUGAUUUAGAUCUUACGGAAAUUGAAUACUGAUGGGUGUACAAAUAAAGUAGUUUAAGUAUAAGUA